AUGAAGGGAACAAGUUUGUUGUUUCGCCCUACAGUUGUGCAAGGCUACAAUUGCGACAUUAGCCAUUCGGGGGACUAUGCGAUUGAUUUUGUCAUGGACGAAGGCACUAACGUCCUGGCGGCGCGCGAUGGGACCGUCACCUCCGUGGUUGAUUCCAACACGGGGAGUUGUCCCAUUUCGCAAGACUGUAGAGGCAAUUUCGUGAAAAUCACCCAUACGGAUGGAUCGUAUGCACUUUAUUUGCAUUUGAAACAGGGAGGUGCAUGUGUAACCUCUGGACAAGUUGUCCAGAAAGGAGACGUGAUUGGCUUGUCUGGUAACGUGGGGUUGAGCACCGGUCCGCACUUGCAUUUUGAAGUGGACUUGACGAACAGUACCACCCCAACCUUUGCGGAUGUAGCUGGUGAUGGAAUCCCUGUUUUUGGAAAGUAUUACACAUCGGACAAUUCAAUCAAUGUGAACCAUUGCGAGUCAGCAACGUUGCAAGGCCGAAGGAUGACGACAAGUCAUCAUGAUCUUUUACGAGGGCUAAACUAG